AUGCAAGUUACAGGUAUGGUUUAUAUGGAAGUGGAGAAUCACACAACUGAUAAGCUUCAUUUGAAGCGGUCGCCCGGGAUCCGAUCCUGGUCUCUCUUCGUAGGUAUUGCAUCUGUUGGUCUUGCUGCAGCAUAUUAUAGCUCAGACAGAGCAUUCUGGAAGGCAUUUUAUGUCACGGGUUGUGUAUUCAUAGCCCUUCAGAACAUGGAAGAAUGGGAGGAGGCGCUAUUCGAUAAGGUGAAGGGUUUAAUCGAGCUCAAGACAUUCAGCAUUUACUCCUGGUGUCUAACCCUGGGAAAGAGAGGGCAGGAGAAAAUGGUGCUGGAUCUCCAUCAGCUGCGUGACGUCAGUGUGCACGAGGAGAGGGUGCGUUAUCUGGGUAAAGGUUACAUCGUGAUGCUUCGGUUAGCCACGGGCUUCUCUCAUCCUCUCACGGUGAACGCCACGGUGGGAGGACGCAGUGACGUUGAGGCUGUUGCGAACUUGCUGAAGCGUUUUUUGGAGCUGGACAAGAUUCAGAAAGGCUGGGAUCAGAACUACGAGGAAGACUAUGUCAGCGAUUAUGAGGAUGAUGAUGAUGACGACGAUGACAAUAAUGAAGGCGAGGAAAAAACUGAGCCCGCCGAGGAGCUGAGAAAUGAUUCACAGGACGAGGACACCCCAGCGACCCCUCAGUGACCUUUGACCCUAACACAACAGUGACCACAACUGUACACUCCCACAGUCAAAAACAACUCUACCUAGUGAUGAAGACGUUCCAACUGCAGCCAGUGCCUAGUUCAACUUCUACAGCCUUUACAUGGAUUAAUCCUUCAGAAAGUACUA